AUGGAAAAUAAAGAUUCAAAGAAAAUUUUUGGUGAUGAUUCUGAUGAUGACACAUCAGAGGAUAGUGAAACUUGGAAGGUCAUUUCAUUAUUAUGGGGUUCUCCCUGUGAAAUCAUAGACAUUGCAUGGUCUCCGGAUGCUGAAUAUAUCGUUGCUGCAUGUAUGGAUGGUGGUUCCAGAAUAUGGCGUGUGAAAGAAGCAAAGUGUGUAUGUGUUUUGAUGGACCAUGUUCGUAAUGUUCAAGGUGUUGCAUGGGAUCCACUUUGUCAAUAUAUUGCUACUCAAAGCAAUGACCGAACUGUUCAUAUAUACUCGUAUAAUAUUCAUUCAAAUGGUACCUUUGAAACGACUCUCGUUAGCAAAAACUUUAAGGUUGAAAUCAUAAGCAAGAAAGGUCCAAAACCUUUAAAAGACACUACCAAAACAUGUGAUGAUUUGAGCGAACAUAAAUGUAAUAGUGAUAAACAUACUGUAGUGCUUGCAAAUUCUGAAUCCAAGAUCGCCGUAAAUGAUAUUUCAGGUGGCGUUAAUCUCAUAUCAAAUACUAUAGAGUGUCCUGGAAGCAUAAAAAAUGAUCCUUCACAAGUGCCAGCGACACCAUCUGUACCAAAGCAGCUUAAAAAGCACUUUCGACUAUAUUGUGACGAAAUGAUAAAUACCUUUUUUAGACGAUUGGAUUUUACACCAGAUGGUGGACUAUUACUUACGCCGGCCGGACAGUAUUAUAAUUCUAUGAUUGACAUGAUAAACAAUAAAAGUGAUAGAGAUGAAAGUAAUCAUAAAGUUGACACAACAAUUCUAAAUACUGUUUACUUAUUUGCUCGAAAUAAACUAAACAAACCGAUCGCUUUUCUACCGGGACAUAAGAAACCAUUUGUUGUUGUAAAAUGCAAUCACAUCUUUUAUAAAUUACGGUUUCCCCGAAAAAAUUUUCAACCACGAAUUGAUGCUACAGCAUUGCAAACGAGAUCAGAAUACUUUAUUACUGACAAUUCUUAUAGUGAUAAAUCGUUUAAUGUUCAUUUACCACCUUUAUUUGACUUACCAUACCGCAUAAUUUAUGCAGUGGCAACUCAAGAUUCUGUGCUUAUAUAUGAUACAGAGCAGUAUGCUCCUUUG